UCACCCCCGGUGAAGUUUCGCUCUAUUCUAUCUGUUUUAAGAUUAGCGGAAUCUUAUAUACCUUCCUUAAUUUUGUGCUAAACAAUGAAAAUUGUUUACAAAUUAUCAAAAUUUUGAUAAUUAUUUCACCCAUCACAAUAUGUGAAUGAAUAUGUGCGAUGUCAAUGCAUGAAAAACUUGUGUUUAAUCUUUUAAGUGAAAGUUAGGUUAGGAUUUUCAAAUUUUAUAAUUCUUAUUUAACCCGAAAAACAAUGAUUUUCAACACUUGUCGACUGAUAACGAGGAGGUACGUUGAAAGCGUUCGUAAUAAUAUUGUACGAAAUUUUUCAAAAAUACCAAAUGAUGCUGAGAAAAAGAAAAACAUGCGCUCCACUGUUUAUUAUUUCACUUCGGUUGCAACUGUUUUCAUCGGUUUAUCUUACGCUGCCGUUCCACUAUAUCGAAUAUUUUGUCAGGCAUACAGUUUCGGCGGAACUGUUGGAAUCGUAGGAGAAGAUGAUGAUAAAGUAGAGAAAUUGAAACCGAUAAGGGAUAGGGAACUAAAAAUUCGUUUCAAUGCCGAUACAGGAGCGACAAUGAGGUGGAACUUUAAACCCCAGCAGAAUUUAAUAAAAGUUGUUCCAGGAGAAACAGCUUUGGCUUUUUACACAGCCACAAAUCCAACUGACGAACCUGUCACAGGUGUCUCGACCUACAACGUAGUUCCCUUUGAAGCUGGUCAAUAUUUUAAUAAGAUUCAGUGCUUUUGUUUUGAAGAGCAGCAACUGAAUCCGCAUGAACAAGUUGACAUGCCAGUAUUUUUCUACAUCGAUCCGGACAUCAUAAAAGAUCCUCGAAUGGAGUUUGUGGACGAAAUUGUCUUGUCCUACACAUUUUUUGAGGCAAAAGAAGGACUCAAACUUCCUGUUCCAAGUUAUGUUAAAAAGCAUUUAGACAACAGUAUACUUGGCAAGAACUUGGCUAGUUCAUAGAAUUGUACAAUGAAAUUAUAAUUCGCUAUCUAAGUUACGCUAUGUUCAAACAUUAAUAGAGUUUAAUAGAAAAUAAUUAACAUUUUUGAAUCUUU